GGAGGGUGUUUCUCCUCUGCAUCUCAGCCAGGGACAGCUGAGUGGUUGGGAUCUAAUUGCUCUCAAGUGAGGUCAGCGGGAGGCAUUUAUCUAAGCGACAGUGGAGGGUGCACAGAGUCUCUGUGCCAGAAGCAGGCAGACAUCCAUGGGAACUGAAGCUCUCCUCUCAUGUUUGGACUGCAUUGCUGGACUUAUUUUAGGUGUUUUAAUUCAAAUUUCUGAUGAAGGGAAAUACAUCACUGGCAAGACCUGCCAUCACAUACUGUGGUCUCGGGAAGAUGGAGCAGACAAUGUGUAGCCACACUGAAGACUAGGGAGAACCAUCAGACAAAAAGACAGGCGACGGACUGUUCUCCAACCUCAACGUCACCACACUUCAGAAGCGUUUCCUCCACAACCAGCCCGACUCAAUGUCCCGCAAGGGCUCCAUCCUGCAAGAACAGUGACCCGAGAGGUUUAACUGGAGUGACUGGCGGGUUCAGGGAGUUCGCUUGGGCUGAGGGAUAGCGCACCAAUCUCUUCUCCCAUUUCAGUAUGUUGUUCAUUGAUCCCAACUGCAUUGUACUAUAAUGCACAAAUGGAUGCUGACAUGGAACCUUCCAAAUGUUUUCUCGGGACUCUACCUGCAUGCCAUCUUCCUGUUCAGCAGUGUGUGUGUGGUCUACAGUGACUGCACGCCGGCGCAACUUGCUGCCAUCAUGAACUGUUCUAGACACGAGCGUCACACCAGGAAUUAUGACUAUAUGGAGGGAGGUGAUGUGCGGAUCCGCCAGCUAUUUAGCCGCACCCAGUGGUUCCUGACAAUUGAUGAUGAGGGCAACAUCAAUGGGACUCAAGAUCCGACCAACUGUUACAGCAUCUUAGAGAUCAGGACAGUGUCUGAAGGGGGCGUACUGGCUAUUAAAGGCGUAAAGAGUCAGCAUUACAUCUCCAUGAACAAGGCUGGACAGCUGCAAGGCAAGAGGAUCUACAACGACAACUGCAACUUCAAGGAGGUUUUCCUAGAAAACUACUUCAACGCAUAUUCCUCUACGAAGUGGACUAAAAACGGCAAAGAAAUGUUCAUAGCGCUGUCUCAGAAAGGACGGCCAAUGAGAGGGAAGAAGACGAGGAGGGAGCGCAUAGCAUCACACUUCAUCCCCAUGAAAUGCAAGGAGGAGGAGAGACCGGCGGACUGAGACAGAGGACUCACUAUUUGUAUGAAUUCAGUUACCAAAUAUGUUAAUGGACAAUUAAACGUAUCACCAGCCACACUCCACUCUUCUCAAGACGUACAUUACGUAAAUUAUUAUAAAACACAAUAUAGACAGACCUGGGACACACCUGUAAUCAGGAGUUGGAAUGGCACCAUCAGUUAUAACUGAAUUUUCAUCGAGACAUAAUGGACACGUCAACACUUCAACACUUGGGAUAAACAAAAACUAGAGAUGGAAGGAUGGACAAAAAAUCCCGCAGACACACAAACUAAAACAUUCUGGAUGUCUUCAAAUGGCACAUCAAGCCAGAAGAUCAGAAAGACUUGCUACACAAGCAUUUUAUUAAACCACUAUUCAAUGUUAGUUAUUUUUAUUAAAUAUUAUAUUUCUUUAUAAAAUAGCUUCCUGUAUGUAUUUUCUUAUUUUUUUACAAUCACCUGUAUUACACUCCGUCUGGACCAUAUCCUUUACAAAGAGAAUGUGCUACAUGAGGGGGUCUCACACAAAAGCCACACACACAAAAGGUGGCUAAGUUGAAGCAAGCUGGACUUGCACAACUCAUUUAACACAAAGUAGAGUCAGAAUUAGUAACAUUGACUUGGCAUUUUUACACAAAUGGUUUUGUCUAUCCCUUUUGGACUGUAAAGAUGACCUGCUUAAAUUUUAAAGUUGCUCACUGGCACCUUCUUAUGGGAUUUGGAAAUAAAUACUUGCUGCUGCAAGUGAACACUACUUACUUAUUUAGAUUAUUU